CUCCAUACAGCAGACAGCAUGGUUGUAUCAGAUAGGCAGUGGAGUGGGGACUACAUGCAGUACUGCAGUUCGUCUACAAGGGGGCGCUGUGGUGCCCUGUUUGUACGUAAGGUCCUUGGUGAUGGAUUAGCAGCAAGUCAAGACAGCAGGAUAACAACACAGUUUAAGAACUGGCUUUAAAACAGGCAAUGCACAUAACGCUAUGCAACAAAGACUGUAAUUAUAUUUCGAGUCUUCUAGCAGACCACGGCAGAGAAAAGCUAAACUUUGAUUAUCACUGUUUUUUGGAAAGAAGACCUGAGGUGGAACUCUACUGGAAUCGUAUUGCCUUUUAGCUACUGGCUAACAUGCAGAUGUAGUGUCUGAAGUUGCCCGAAAACAGGACUCUGGGAUAUAUCGAGCUGGAAUUUGCAUGGCCUGCUACUAUCUCUACUAUUUUAGUAUUCAUAUAUUCGUAUGCAGUUAAACUCAUGUUGGCCUUUCACCUUGCAGACUUAGCUGGAUAGCUAGCUAGCUUCGGAGAACCCAGUCGUGGCGCAACUAAAAGGCGAGAACACGGCGCUUUCGGUCGACGUGAGCACUAACGCCAUGCCGCGGAUUGAAGUUGGCCCACCCAUAGAGCUAACCUCAUCAGGCUAACGCUAGGUGGAUAUACAAGUUCAUAUUUCCCAGUUAGCCCAUUAGAUAAGCCACAACUCAAAGUCGAAAAGGGCCUUUGGCUUUCAUUCUGCACAGUGCUUUCAUUUUUGGAAGCGCAGCGAUAGAUACUAGUUAGCUAGCCAUUUCGUUAAUGAGUAUGCAAAGCUAACACUACCGUCGGGCUUGGUUGUUUACAGUGGUUAGCAUGCAAAUUUCUGCCAGGUACAGUUAGCUCAGAAGCGUGUUCGAGUGCUGUAGAAAUUCACCCUUUCCUUAUUAAACUGAGGUACGUUAUUUUGUGUAUGAAGUAAUUUGCGUUAGCCAGCCUCAUAUUUGCACGUCAGUACAGAUAACAACUGUCAAAAUCGCUUUGAGAAACGAGCGACGUUAAGGUAGUGCACAUCUUGAGUAGGAUUAUAUAGGUUGUCACAGCUGUUGAAAGCCACACAGGUAAACAAGCCUAUGUACGGUUUUGUUUAGUAUUUCAUUGCAAGCUCACAGCGAAUAUCAUUCAACGAUAUCCUGUGCUGUUAUCUGGUCAGGUAUGCGGAUUGAAGCAGUUAUGUUGAACUUUGAUCUUCAAUUAAUUAGCUUUACACAGACACUAAAAAUGUAUUUAUGCUGUUGACCUGGUGCAUAACUAGACAUGCCAUACUCAUGACUGAUGAUCUUUAAGAAAGCACACUAUUAUUUUCCACUACAGCUGAACCACUGCAUCAAGCCACCAGCAGUCUUUGUGAUAGUAUUUAUUUUGAGCCACUAAUGUUAAGCCGCAAAUGCAGUCUAGUAAAGAAGGAUACUGAUGACAUAGUCAGAUCUGAUUGUUAGUUUUAGCAGCACUUUUUUUUUUUUAUAAUUCUACUGACACCUAAUUGGAACCACUUCACUUGAGUGGAUGGGACCAUGAAGAACACUGUCUGAUCUGAACCCGCUUUUACGUAGCCAGAGGAUCUGAUCCAAGCUCAACAGAGAGCCCCAUUGUGUGGACUGAAAACUGAAGAGGAAAGACAUGAUGACACUAAUGAUGGGGAUGAUGAUAAAAAAGGCCCAGUGACAGUGUUAUUCCCACACCAGGAAGGAGAGGAGUGUCACAAGGCUGCAGACAUGAGUCUCCGCCAGCCCACCUCCACACUGGACAGGCUCAGCAGUUUGACCAUUGGGGACUCAGAGCGCAAAUCCUCCACCACACAGCAGAGGGAGCCAACAGUUGACAUCUCCGUUGAGAGUAAGGGUCCCGGUCUUGUCCAGAGAUGUGUGGUCGUGCAAAAGGACCAACUUGGCUUCGGCUUCACGGUGUGUGGAGAGAGAAUCAAGCUAGUACAGAAUGUCCGACCAGGCGGUGCAGCAUUCAAGGCUGGGGUGCAAGAAGGGGACCGGAUCAUAAAGGUUAAUGGCUCGCUGGUGUCUUCCAUGUCCCAUCAGGAGGUGGUAAAGCUCAUCAAAUCUGGACCGUAUGUAGCUAUGACACUACAAGGACCGCCUCCUUCAGCCACCUCUUUGUCCUUGGAGCCACUGCCUACUGACCUCACCUCCAAUCAAAGAACACCUCUGGGUGGGGACACUCCACCCACUCCACCUCCACCCCUGCCCUCAGGACUGGGCAGUGCACCUUCCCAAAGAAUCACUGGACCCAAACCACUGCAGGACCCAGAAGUACAGAAACACGCUACUGAAAUACUCAGGAAAAUGCUGGAGCAGGAAGAGGCUGAACUGCAGGACUUUAUGGAGGAGUGGUUGAGGAAUCCGUCACCAUCACUGGAGGAGCGGAUUGAAAGUGCAAAGAGGAGAGCGCACCAAGUCAGGGUCAAGAUUCAGCAAGAUCAGGAGGGAACAAGGUCGGAAUCAGUCACCAGCUAUGUCAAAGCAGGAGAAGGUCGACUAUCGAUGGAUUCAAGUGAAGGAGACAUAGAGGCCUUUGAGAGUCCCCACUCCUCCCCCUCCCUCUCCUUCAGGAUCCCCCUAUACCGACGGCAGAUCUCCAGCACACACGCCCUGUCCGAUUCGGUUCGAAAGGCCCAGAUCAUCGGCCCUGAGGAAGAUGAUGAAGAGGAGUAUGGCUAUGCAUUUAAUGAGAUGGACGGUCCAUUCCAGGACAUCGAGUUGCUGAAGUCACGACCGGCCCACAUGAUGGUGUUAAUGAGAUACGUCUUUACCCAGCUUCUGGAUCCCAACCCUCUGCUGUUUUACCUGUCUGUGGAGGCUUACCUGGGCUCCAGUCCUAAAGAUGCCCGCGCACUUGCACCUCAGAUCUGCUCCCAUUUCUUGGACCCAGAUGCUCCCUUGAAAAUCAAAGUGCGAGAGGAGUAUCUUACAGAUAUUGAAAGCCGACUUCACGCUCAGGAAGACAUCAGAGGACCCCUGUCGGAGCUGCAGCAGCAGGUGUUGCCAGACAUCCAGGACCAGAUACUAGACUACAGGAACAAGCAGCUGAUGGGUCUUGGCUCGUUGUUUGGAGAAGGAGACCUGCAACACCUUGAUGGAGACCCUGCCAAAGAGAGGCAGGUGGUGGACAGACAAGUCACCGCCCUCUGGGAGAUACUAUCAAAGCACGAAGAGGACAGAAGUUCACCUCUGGCGUCAGCAGUGCUCCUAUAUCUACGUCAUUCUGGUAUCAAGCUCCGAGACUCCAAGGUCUUCCCUGGUCUGAGCAUAGAGAAGGAGAAGUGGCUGGCUUUCUUAAAAACGAAAAAGCUGAGUGGUAUCAAGAAAGAGAAAGAUGGGGAGGAAAAAAAACGAAAUCCCAUCCUGAAAUACAUCGGCAAACCUCGGAGCACAUCCCAUUCCACAUUCCAUGCCCCAUUGUCACCAACCGAAGCCCGUUCUGGUAGUGUCAAGAACAUCAUUCAGCAGUUUGAGAACCAAGCGGAGCCGACAGAGGAGGGCGGCGAUGCUGCCGACCCCCAGAGGCUCUCCUCCAGCAGCCUGGGAGAAGAAAGCAUGGGCAGCCCUAUGGUCUCGGUACGUCUGGCACGCAGCGAGUCAUUGAAGGCUCAGGGAGAAGGCAGACGGCGGGGUGUAGCCUCAGGAUCAGAGUCUGUCCCCCGCUCUCGUAGCGAUGUGGACAUGGAGGACUGUGGCGAGGAGAGGGAAGGGCCGGGUCUCAGGCUGCUGCAGCACAGUACCUCGUCAUCUGCAUCCAGCAGCUCUGCACGGUCUCUAGAGAACCCUACACCCCCAUACACCCCUCGGUCUAGACGCAGCUUUCUGUUUGUUCCUCACUGUACAUCAUCUUCAGAACUGUUCACCACUGAGGUGUCCCACCUACGCACCUUGAGGGUCCUGGACCAGGUCUUUUUCCAGAAGAUGAGGUCUGUGCUGAACUCGGAUGAGCUGGCCUGCAUCUUCCCCAACCUGCCCCAGGUCUACGAGCUCCACGCAAGUCUGUGUGAGACAAUGAAGAAGCGAAGAGAAACUCCCAUUGUGCAGGACAUCGGAGACGUCAUGUUGGCCAGGUUUGAAGGGCCCGCUGGCGACGAGUUCCAGGAGCAGGCGGCCCAGCUGUGUAGCCAGCAGUCUCAGGCUCUGGAGCUCAUCAAGAACAAACAGCGUAAAGACCCUCGCUUCGCUCACAUCAUCCAGGAGUGUGAGGCGAGUCCUCACUGUCGGAGGCUGCAGCUUAAAGACCUGCUUGUGUCAGAGAUGCAGAGACUCACCAAGUACCCGCUGCUGCUGGACAACAUCAUUAAACACACAGAAGCUGGGUCGUCGGACCUGCCCUUGCUCCAGCGUGCCCAAGCUUGUUGCCGAGGGAUACUGCAGACUGUCAACGAGGUCGUAGGGGAAACGGAACACCGGCAGCGUCUCAGCCAAUACCAACGCAGGCUGGACGCUGCUCCCCAGUUCAAGAGUCUGGAUCUCACCACAAAGAGAAUGAUUCAUGAAGGUCCUCUCACCUGGAAAGUUAGCAAAGAUAAACAGAUCGAGAUCCAAGCGCUGCUGCUGUCAGACUGCCUUGUCCUUCUUCAGAGGGGCCCAGAUGACCGGCUGCAGCUGCGAUAUCCAUCCCGCUGGCUGGGUGGAGGCGGAGUGGCCACCGGGGACAGCAAAACCUCUUUUAGCCCUGUGGUGAAGCUGGGCUCACUGCUGGUCCGCUCAGUAGCCACAGACAACAAAGCCCUUUACAUCAUCAGCACCACAGAGAGGCAGAUCUAUGAGCUUGUGGCUGGGACGCCGUCAGAGAAAAACAUCUGGAAAGAUUUACUUGAAAAGGCCGUCUCAUCAGCAGGUGGUUCAUCACCCCUGGUCAAUCACAGAUCUAUCUCUAUGCUUUCCCCCAGUCUACGCAGUGCGUCCCCGGUCUCCACUGGCAGCAGUGUCUAUGCAGACAACUCAAUGGCAGAGCAGUCUGAUUCCAUGCAGACUCAUUCCCCCAGCAACGACAUCGACACGCCUACAGACCAGUCGGAAGCUUUCAUUUGUGCUGAACAACAAACAUUUGGAGUAGCAGAGGCUGCAUUACAUGAUGUUGAAACACUACGCCAGCUCAUAUUACGAGACCUGGAAGAGGAUGGACAGAGCCACGACUCCGAUGACACACCCACCAACGAGACAGCCAAUGAAAGGGGCUCGUUCACCGAAAGACAGCGGCCGGAGUCUUUGGAGACCGUGCUCAACUUCUGCACCGAGGAAUGGGAGUCUGAGCCUGAACAGGUUCCGCCACUGGACACUGAACAACCCACUGUUCAGGUCGUAAGGAAAGCUGUGGUUGCGGGUCCUUCUUCUUCUUCUGUCCCUGAUGAUAUCACCAAUGAUGUCACCUUCCCUUCCGACCAAUCAUCUAAACAGAGAGGCGAGGCCACUACACAGGGGAAUACUUUCUACUUGGUAAUGCCAACAGAGCAGGGAGAGAGCAUCACUGAUGACCUCAACGACCCGCCUACCCCCAUCGCCACUCACUUCCCUCAGCCUCUGGAGGAAGUGAUGUCACCACAGGUUGAGCUGGAGGAGGAAACGCUAGCCUGCGGGUCAGACUUCAAUAUAUCAGAGACUAUGCAACUGGAACAGGAAGAAGAGAAGGGCCACUCGCAGGCUGAGCACCGGAGUCAUGUGAUCAAAAACGUGGAUGAGAUUUUUCACAUGAUCGAGGGGCUGAUGAGCAAGCUGCACCAGCUAAAGGAAAUCGAGAAGGCACACCACAAGCUUUUGAAAACCCUCAGAGAGCCCUCUGUCGGUCAGGUGUCAGAGGACCAACCAUGUCGCCCGGCAGCCGUCUCCAGAACCCCGUCUCUGGAUCACAGCUCAGGAGAGAGCAAAGAUGGAAGUCCAGCAGAACCCAAGAUUCAGUCGACAGGAUUCUGAUGUUGCUCGAGUGGGUUUACUUUCAGUUGCUUAUUCACGAUUGUUGGCAUAUGGACAUACCCAUGUAUCCACUGUCAGACUCAGGCACGCUGGUCCCCCACCCCCUCAUCUCUGCAUGCAUUGGCCAGGGGAGCAGAAUCGAAGAAGGACAUAGUAGCUUUUGUUUUUCUAUUCUCCUGGGGUACCAGGAAGCUGGUCAGACUCACAAGGGGUUUCAGUACAACUUCAGACUUCGACCAGCGCAUGAGGGACUCAACCUGGAAAAAAAGUAUGAAGGAACAAAGAAGCAGAAGACAAGUUGACUGGAGAAUGCAAACGGAAAAGUUGGAAUAAGUUAAAAUGGAAAAAUUACCAAGUUGGAUAUUUGUGAAGGAACAGGAGUUGUAUGUCCUGCUUUUAGGAGCAGGUUAAAGCAACGCUGCAGACCUCUUGAAAUGUUGACUUAAGGAAAAUCCAAGGGACCCAUCACCCCAGCACUUUACCCUCAAUGCAUCCCUCUGUCGUGCACGGCCUCUCUACAGUGGACAGAUCAGGGACUGGAGACGCCUCUAGGGGGACCCCUCCCCCCUCCACUGGUUGCUUUACACUGAGCUCAAAUGCCACUUUGGCCGAAGGACUGUGUCUAUAUAAUUCAGGUUAUUUGCACUGGGUAAGCAAACCAAUGUCACACACACAUACAAGCAUUGUUUAACUGUUUGACUCAUCUCAGACCACCCCCCCACCCCACCCCACCUUGGGAGAAACAGCAGAGUGGCAGUGUUUAAGCUACAAGUACCACAUACUGAUCAUUACAUGGUACAUACCGAUGAUUCACUGUUAAGUUCUGGAAACACUAGUGCACUGCUGACUACUGAAAAGCAGGCAGGUUUUAUUUUCAGCACUGCUUCAGAGGUGCACAGGGAUGGAUCUCAGCGGAUUCACUGUUGUGAUCAUGUAAAGUUGUUCAAAGUCUGGGAAAUUAAGGAUAUUUUGGGGCUCAUUUCAAGAUGGGCAUUGUCGGCGGCAGGUGUGAGGAAACGGCAAAUACAGAUUCAAACUUAAAUUCUGAGCAAAAGCAUGUUUGUUAGUCAUAUUGCUGCCAAAUAUUGCCGCUGACUGUGCCUGUCUUGCACUUUGUGAAUUUUUUUUGCCGUCUUCAUUGUGUUGUGAGUAAAGACCAUAGUAAAUACUGUGAACCCGCAUCUUUUCCCUUUCUCCCAUCCAAUAACCCUGCCAUACAUUGUUUAUAUUACACUAGCCACAUGCAAAGCCAUGAAAUGACUCUUACCAAGUAGUACUCCAAUGACAAACUCCUCUGCACAGAACGACCUGUAUUUGGAGGGGAAAAAAGAAAAGCUUGUGAAAUACACCAGUAAAAAGUCAAGUAUAUGCACAUGGUCAAUGUCAAAAACUAACUGCUAUAUGCAGCUGUUCUGUAAUUGCAGCACAGUUAUAUGAGGCAACUUCAUUUAAAGGAAUAUCUGAACAUUUUGGGAAAUAAGCUUUCCUGCAAGAGUUAGGUGGGAAAAUCAUUAUCACACUCAAACCAGUACGGUAAAUAUGAAGUUAGCUGCUGGUUAGCUUAG